AUGAUUCAAGAGGUCUUUGCAGGAAACACUACAACACUUAUCGGAGGAGGAGAUAAUAAUAUUUCAAAGCUAUCUAAUAUUACUCCUUCCUCCUCUCCUAUUUCUUGUACUACUUCUAAUUCCAAUAUUCCCCCUGCAAGUGCAAAUGCAAAUGCAAACUCGGAAAAUCUUAGAUGUCCGCGUUGUGAUUCCCCAAACACUAAGUUUUGUUACUACAACAACUACAAUUUAACUCAGCCUCGUCAUUUCUGCAAGACUUGUCGACGUUAUUGGACUAAAGGAGGCGCGUUACGCAACGUUCCUAUAGGUGGUGGUUGCAGAAAAAACAAGACCAUCACUACAGCAAAAUCAACUGCUGCAAAAUUGAAAAAUUCACUUCCGUUUGAGUUGAUUGGAAAAUCAGGCAUUUUUGGAGGGUUCGAGCAGGAAAUAAUAUCUUCCAAUAAUAACCCUUUUCUCUUUUCCUCACCUCAUCAGAAUCAUAAUCCCAUUCUUUCGUUACUUGAAGGAAAUCAUCAUAGCCUUAAUUUUGUUGUUAAGGAUGAGCACAAAUCAAUUGGAGUGAAUUCGUAUAAUCAAUUUCCUCCCAACAACGGUUUAUGGAAAAAUAAUUAUCAGGAAAAUGUUGGUGAAGUGCAAAAUAGUCGAGGAUUUCAAGAGUUAUAUCAAAGGCUAAAAGCGUCAACAAAUCGAUGUUAUCCGGAUUCCAUUCAUGGACCAUCAUCAUCGUCAAUGAUUUUGGAUUCGGCUCCAGUGGCUGGAGGAGAGUUGGGUUUCUGGAACCCGACCCUUUCAACAUGGUUGGAUCUGCCAGCAGCAAAUGGUGCAUAUCUUUAAUUAAGGAUCUAAUUUAUUACAUAAUUAGGGUGAAGGGUGGGAUGUUGUGGUAUACAAUCUGGGGAUACUUGGACAUGGGUGUGGGUUAGAUUUUAUUUAUUUUUAAUCUGUUUUUCUCUUUUCUCUUUUAUGUUUGUGUGUGUGUUUCAUCUAUCAGGAUCAAUGUACUAAAUUCCAAGACCUAGCUUUGCUUUUAUUUUUCCCUUUGCAGAUGAAUUGGCCUACAUUUUGUAACUUUCAA